CAAUUUAGUUGUCAUUUUAAAUUAAUGUAAAUUAAAACGAAAAUUGGCUUCUUAACCUGUUUGAGGUUAUGUUACCAAAUUUUCCUUUUUUUGGUCGAGAUGCUUCUUUCUGGCGCGAAUACAAUCUCUUAUCGUUUUCUCAGUUAGUUACCGGCGACGGCGACGACGACGUCCGCAUGACAUCCGAGUAGUGGGGUUAGUUAAGUCCAGUUUCUCUUUCAUUCGCGUUUCGGCCGUCGGUAAAUCGCACCGUUUUAGUGAGAGAACGUGCCCUAAAUUCUCAGUGGAUUAACAGAGUAUAAGAACAACAAAAUUAAUUAAAAACGGGUUACAAUAAAUUUUUUAAAAGACGAACGACACGGAAACGACGACGACGAUAACAACCAGGAACAAUAUUAGUAAUAGAAAAAAAACGCGCCAGUUAUUAUGAACAUAGACGAUUAUGAAAGUCUACCGACCGGUAACGUUUUUACACACAUGACGGCCGGUGCCAUCGCGGGCGUUAUGGAACAUUGCAUAAUGUACCCUUUGGAUUCCGUUAAAACGCGGAUGCAAUCUUUAGCCCCAACGAACGUCCGGCUAGGAGUAUCUGAUACAUUAUUACGUAUGGUAAAACAUGAAGGGCUCCUGAGGCCUGUACGAGGAAUUCACGUUAUGGUUGUUGGGGCAGGACCUUCACAUGCUCUCUAUUUUAGCAGUUAUGAAUACUGUAAAGAACGAUUAACUCAUAUGACGACGAAUAAAAACCAUCACAUGUUCAUCCACGGUAUCUCAGGAACUGUAGCCACACUUUUACACGACGCUAUUAUGACACCUGCAGAAGUGGUCAAACAGCGUUUACAAAUGCUUCACUCUCCAUACAAAUCAGUUUUAACAGCAAUAUCCCGAAUUUAUUCUACCGAAGGUUUUCCUGCCUUCUACCGUUCUUAUACAACUCAAUUAACAAUGAACAUCCCGUUCCAAAGCAUUCACUUUAUGGUAUACGAAUUCAUGCAAAAAAGAACGAAUAAAGAGGGAAUUUACAACCCUAAAGCGCACAUGGUUAGCGGUGCCGCUGCUGGAGCAGUAGCCGCGGCUGUUACUACGCCGUUAGAUGUCUGCAAAACCCUUUUAAACACCCAACAAGUUGGCGCGACGAACGGUUUGGUACAAGCAAUGAAAACUGUGUACCGAUUGGGUGGCCCGUUGGCCUAUUUCCGAGGGUUGCAAGCGAGGGUUAUGUUCCAAGUACCAUCCACUGCAAUUUGUUGGUCGACGUAUGAAUUUUUCAAAUACAUAUUAGGUGUGACGAAAAUGGAAAAAGUGGAGAUAUUGGAAAAACUAGAAAAGAGUAGUGGAAAUGAAAUUUUGGUUGGAGGUCCAAAAUGUGAGAAGGAAGCUGAAAAAGUUAGUAUAAAAGCUAGAGAAUUGCCGGCGAUGGCCCCAUCUGCACAUUAUGGAUCUUUAAGAUUUAAUACAAUGCAUACGCAAGAUUCAAAUUAUAAUAGGAGAAAAGAAACCAUUUUGGAUAUUACUCAUACAUAGUGAGAACUUAUUUUUAAACAUUUAAGUGGUGUAUUUGGUAAUAAAAAGCUACACAAUUAGACACCAUGCCCUGAGCGCCACUUCGACACGCCUCCUAAAUAGAGAGAAUGGUGCGUUUUUUACUGUGAUAAAGUCCUUAUCAACAUUUAGAAAUGUAUGAUAUUGACUUCGUUCAGAUGGGAGUACUAUCAUAUCUUCGAGUCUCGUUUUGGUUUUUUGAGCGAGCCGUCUUCGACUUCUCUUUUUACUUUUAUUUUUUUUUUUUUUUUGUUGUGAUAAGCGACUUGUCACUAAAAUUUAAGCAUAUGUAAUUAUUAUUAUACUCUGUUAACCUCUACAAAAAACCAACGUUUUUAUUAUUUUUGUGUUAAAUAAUGUGUAUUAUAUUAUAGGAAUAUUAAUGAUGAUAAUAAUGUU